CGCUAAACCUCGGCGCCCCAUCUAGACAACAACAACAUCCGCUUGUUUGGCUCUGACAUCAACAGACAGACAGCAAGUCAGAACCAGACACCAAGCCGACACACCAUCAACCAGCCAAUCUCCCAUUACGAGAAUUGUGACAUCUCUCACCUCGCUCCCACAUUAUUUCCUAGAAAGGUCAUUAUUUGGCAUCAGUCAGAAACCAUGACAUUGGAGGUUAUCUACGUUACGCGCCACGGUUUCCGCUCCAACUGGCUGGUUGACCAUACCAACGGCAGUUACUCGUCCAACCUCAGAUCCCCUACGGGUAUUGCCGCAGACCCAGCCCUCACAGCCCAUGGCGUAGAUCAAGCCAAGGAGCUGGGCCAGCGUUUGGUUACAGCAGACCCGCCCAUAGAGCGUGUUUACUCUAGUCUUUACUACCGUUGUUUACAGACGGUAGAGCCCUUCGUCCGAUCAGCAUCGUCCUCUCCGUCGUCUGUGCCAGAAGAUGCCGAAAAGGGCACUCGCCACUGCCAGCGACAGCUGCAUGUUCGAGGAGAGACAGGAUUAGGCGAGUGGUACGGUUCGGCGCCGUUCGAACACCCCGUACCUGCGAGCCUUGCCACGCUCGAGUCUCAUUUCCCUUCCCUGCUGGACCGUGAUUAUCAGCCGGCAGUAGUACCGACGCGGAUGGGCGAGAGUGUCGAUGAGCUGCAUGACCGCCUUGCUGUCACCUUGGAGCGGCUGGUUGCCGAGUGUGAUAGGGAUGGCAUCCGUGCCGUUCUCCUCUGUUCGCACGCUGCCCCCAUCAUUGCUCUUGGCCGUGUUCUGACAGGCAACAUGCCGGAGAACAUCGAGGUCGAAGACUUUCGAGCCUUUACCUGCGGCCUUAGUGUGUUUCGGCGACGAAAUGGAGCUUCAUCAGGAGCCAACGCAUCUCUUACGGCCAUCAACCCGGUCAGUGUAAGUGCGAAUGCACCUCGGGCCCAGACGGUGACGGAUCCCAGCACCAGCAGCAGUAGCAGCGGCGCGAACAACACCAGCAACAUCCUCGGCAGCACUCCUGGAACGGCAAAACAAACCGCCAAAGCAGGUACCGACGAUCUUCAGGGUGCGGAGAGUGAUCCACGGGAGCAGGGUCUUCAUGCUCCCGUAGUCUGGAGGGGUGGCCGAGGCGUAGGGGGUGGUUGGAACCGCGAACUGAACAGUGACUGUUCACAUCUUUCUCAGGGAGAGGAAAGAGGAUGGUAAGCGAGCUUUGAUUAAUCUAACGCUUUGUUAUUUUGAUGCCCACCCCUGAUUUUAAAAAGAAACACGACUACUAACCAAGCCACGCAGGCGGUUCUCGGGCGACGAGUCC